AUGCCAUUUGAUCCUCUAGAGCUAUUCAGCGCACCUGAACGCAAGUGUGACGAUGAUUUUCAAAGCUUGGAUGUGAACAAUGAAUCGGUUCAAUUGGUUGACUCCAAUGAUGGCACAGAGGAUCAAAUAGAUUCGAUUUCAACUGAUAAUCUAGAGAAUGACGAAAUGCAAGAUGAUGGUAUGGUGCCACUCCAUAUCCACGAUCUUCCGCUUCUACAGCGAAAACCAGAUUACUCUGUUUUGGCGCUUUUUCUUCGUCUUUUCUCACCAGAUCGUGUUUUAAACUUUUCACCUCUGGAGCCAGAAACAGACCCAGAAACGAUAUUCAAAACAAAAGAUGUCGUGGCGGUGAUAGAAGAUGCGUUGAUAUGGCUUCUGAGCUAUUGCCCUCGUUUUCAAACCCGCUCACUGCUUGCAAGCGUAUCAUUUCUUGCAGAAACACUCCGGAAGGGAAAUAUGUCUGAAUAUAAUGGCUGGCUCACUCAAGUUAUUGCGUCUGAGCUACAAUGGAUUGAGGAACUGAAGAGAGAGGAAAUCCAUCAUCUUGCAGCGCUUCGAUUGGCUGAAAACUGUGGGCGUACUGCUCAGCCAGAAAUCCUUCGACAGAUCGAGAUCCCUCACUUGGAUAGAGCACUCUCCUUAAAGGAGCCUUCGUUGACUUCUGAUAAUCUUGGCCUCAAGACAUGGGGCUCGUCUUUUUUGUUAGGUUCUAGACUCGCAAAGCCAUCUCAACAUACGUACCUAAAAGCGCCCGUAUUGGAACUUGGCCUGGGCACUGGCCUAGUCGGAAUGGUGUCUUGCAUUUUAGGGUUUGAAACCGCCCUCACAGAUCUUGCCGAAAUCGUACCCAAUCUCCGAGAAAAUGUUGAGUUGAACGAAAUCAAUAAUGCUUUGGUAGACGAACUAGACUGGCUGAAUCCAUCAUCCUUCCUUCUGAAACACGAUCUGCCGAAAUACAAUACUGUCAUCCUCUCUGAUCCUCUCUACUCGUCAUUGCAUCCACAAUGGAUCGUGGACAUGAUAAAUUUGUUUUUGAGCGACGACAAGGAGGCAAGAGUGUUGCUCCAGGUGCCCAUUCGUCGUAAUUUCGAGAGGGAACGAGCAUCCCUAUGGAAAUUAAUGGCUUCAAAUGGUUAUACAGUUACUCAGGAAGAGAUCGAAGAGGGUCAUGAUGACUUUGGCGAGUCUAAGUUUAUAUUUAAGAAAUACGUGCGUGGAAGUGGAGCCCUGAUUAAUUGA